UGGUUAGUUCUUAUCACCGCCAUACACCUGUUAUUACAUCUGAUAACAGGUACUGUAAGGUGUUUCUCCCGAGAAUAACAAAGCAAAAUGGUUUGUAGGUCCUUGCUUCUUGCGUUGAUUUACGUUUUCACUCAUAAUUCUUGCAAAGGAGCGGGCUGUCAUCACGGAUGGGUGGCAUAUACAGACAAAUGUUACAUGUUUUCACACAUGGCGGAACCUUGGCCAACAGCCUCGAGCUACUGUCAUUCGUACCACGGGAAGUUAGCUGAACCGAUUACCCCUGGGGAGCAGUCAUUCCUAGCUAGUCACGCUAGCAGUCAAAAACACCUUUAUUGGAUUGGGAUAAGUGACGUCAUUGUGGAGAACCAAUGGAUAUACUCCUCCACACAACACAGUUUGGUGGUCAGUAACUGGAGACACGGACAGCCGGACGGACACUCCGGGGAGAAUUGUGUCCUGAUGGACGGACACUCUCACGGACAAUGGAGGGACACCCACUGUCACGUGUCUGAGAGAUUCGUCUGUGAAAUAUCCCUCGAAGAAAGCAGUUUUGCAAGCCCGAUCGCAAUCAUAGGGUGACGUACAUAAAUUGUAUUUGUAUAAAUUACACAUCAUACCAUAGAGUUUGAUUGUACAUAAACUAUAUCAAUCAUAUUAAA